AUGAAGUUUUCGCAUUCUUUGCAAUUCAAUGCCGUUCCUGAGUGGUCGUCUAAAUAUAUUGCUUAUUCUCAGCUGAAAAAGUUGGCUUAUGAGCUGCGGAAGGAGAAGUUAUACGGGAGUUCGAAGGAGGAUCGGGAUGAUGAGGGGAGGACGCCUUUGGUGCGCGAGGAUGAGAGGUACGAUGAGCGAUUUAUGGUUGCACUUGAUAAAGAGCUGAGGAAAAUCGACAAGUUUUUUGUAUCGCAGGAAACUGGGAUUUUGUCCAACUAUGAGGAGUUGAAGGACGAUGUCGAGGAGUUUCAGCGGGAGGUUGAGUUUGCGGUGAAGCUGCAUAAUGGUGGUAGCGGCGGUGGUUCAGGGGGUCGUAAGGCUGGCAAACGGCAUAGCGGAGGGUCUAGUGACGAGGGUUCUUUGGGUGGUUCUGGUGUGGUUGGGGAUGAUUAUGCUGGCAUGGUGGAUGCCCAUUCCCGGAAGGAUGCAGCAAUUCCUUUGCUCAAGCAGCGGCCAACAACAGGUGCAGGCUCGGAUGUUGUGGAAUCCGAGCCGCGUAUGUUGUUGCAGAAGCGGUUGGUUAUGAUGUUUACCCAAUUGUCGGAGCUGAGAUCCUAUUUUGAACUUAAUCGUACGGGGUUUUCGAAAAUCUGCAAGAAGUUUGAUAAGUUAUUGGAGACAGAUGUCAAACAGAGAUACUUGAGUGAGCUUACGGCCAAAUAUUAUAUCUUUGAUCCUGCAACUAUCGAAAAUAUUUCCCGUUGUAUCGACCAGACCAUCGUGAUGUAUGCGAGACUAAAGAGGGGCGGAUCUAGCGGCAAUUAUGUAGCAGACAAUUCAGUGAAUUUUCAAGAAGCAGAGAAUGAAUUGUCUUUACACUUGAGAGAACAUGUCGUUUGGGAGAGGAACACUGUGUGGAAAGAAAUGCUCAACUUGGAAAGAAAGUCGCAAACUGUUAAAACUCAUAAACUCACUAAUAAGCCUGCUAGAAUUGUCGCCAAUGAAGUACAUGUCAAUUCAACGCUUGGAGCGAGUGAUCUUCUGCGUUUAACGCCAAAGGACUGGUUUAACUGGUUAUUAAGUUGCACCAGCUUACUAAAAUUUAUUUGCAUCACAUUUGUGUUUUUUGGUUUGUUGAACUUUUCUCCUUUGCAAGAUAAGUUGCAGAAGAACUGUCUAGCAAUCUUGAUAUACACCUCCUUACUGUGGGCUACAGAGACGAUCCCGCUGUUCGUUACAUCUAUGCUGGUACCGUUUCUGGUGGUUGUUUUUCCAGUGUUACGUUCGGCUGAAACGAAUUCCGUCAUGUCGGCCAAAGAAGCUUCUAGUUUUAUUCUUUCGUCUAUGUGGUCUGGGGUGAUCAUGCUGUUACUUGGUGGUUUUACUUUAGCAGCGGCAUUAUCGAAGUAUAAUAUUGCUCAAGUUUUAUCAACUCACAUUUUAUCUUCUGCUGGAACAAAUCCAAAGGCAAUUUUGUUGGUCAAUAUGCUUGUGGCGCUCUUCACCUCUAUGUGGGUGUCUAAUGUUGCUGCACCAGUUCUUUGCUAUUCUGUCAUCCAACCGUUGUUACGCACGCUGCCCCGAGGUUCCAAUUUUGCCAAGUCUCUAAUAUUGGGUGUAGCUCUGGCUUCUAACAUUGGUGGUAUGGCCUCUCCAAUUGCCUCCCCUCAAAAUAUAAUCUCAAUUGGUGCCAUGAAUCCUCCUCCAUCUUGGUUAGAAUGGUUCUUCAUUUCAAUACCCGUUUGUGAAAUUUCCGUUUUUUUGAUCUGGAUUUUAUUACUAGUUACGUUUCCUAGGGAUAAUAACUUGAAAUUGCCCAACUUACAUCCUACUAACGAGUCAUUCUCACUGAGACAGUGGUAUGUCAUAUUUGUCACCAUAUUAACUAUAAUUUUAUGGUGUUUUGCGAACCAAUUGUCUAGUUUAGUUGGAGACAUGGGUAUUAUUUCCAUCACACCUAUGGUACUGCUUUUCGGGACUGGUUUAUUGGACUCUGAUGAUUUUAAUAAUUUCAUGUGGACUAUUGUAAUAUUGGCUAUGGGUGGGAGCUGUUUAGGUAAAGCAGUGAUGUCUUCUGGUCUAUUGAAUACUAUGGCACAUAUAAUAAAAGCUCACCUAGAAAAUUCUCCCCUCUUUUUGAUUGUCUUAGUAUUUGGGGUUGCAAUUUUAACGAUGGCUACAUUUGUUUCACAUACAGUAGCUGCAAUGAUUCUAGUACCUUUAAUGCAAGAAGUUGGCAGCAGUUUACCUGGUGGUGAUCAUUCACGUUUGCUAGUUAUGUUGACCGUACUAUUGUGUUCAGGUGCCAUGGGACUACCAACAUCUGGUUUCCCUAAUGUCACGGCUAUAUCAAUGAUAGACGAUUUUGGGGACCGCUACUUGAAUGUCAAUACUUUCAUCUCGAGAGGCGUACCUGCUAGUAUAUUAACUUAUACAGUUAUAGUUACUGUCGGCUACUUCAUGAUGACAAUACUUGGAUUUUAG